UUUUGAUUGCGCUGCUGCUGCCGUCGUCGUCGUCGUCGACUUGAUGUUUUUCGCGUUUUUUUCCGCCCCAACCGGACUGCGUCGAAAUUCGCUUCGGAACCGCUAAAUCGCGCACGAAUCCACUCCAAACCAGUGCCAAUCGGUGCCCCGGGGCUCCGUGCAACGCGGGGUGAUAUUUGCCGGUCGCGGCCAGUGUUUUCCGGCGCGUGGGGACGGUUUUUCCGCGCGGGUCUGUUCGAAAUUUGGUGAAGCCGCCGCCGCGCGACGAGAAGAGCAAGCAAGCGAGAAGAAGAGUCUGUGUGUGGAGGGGAAGAAAACGAGAGCAGCCUCCUCCUUUUUGGGCUGCUGGGCAGCGGCCAGACAGCGGUGAAUCUGGCCGGGAACGGAUCCGUAGUUCGAAGCGGAUCGGAUCCACACCGGAAGAAGAGAGAUCCACCCACGAUGAAUACGUGUUAAGAUAAAAAUAAAUAAAUGAAUUUGUACCAUCACAUCGCCGUGAUAUAGAUAAGGAAACAGAAAAGUUUUACGUUCCGUGCACUGAUAGCAACCGGCACUGGCCGUUUGCAGUGAAAGUUCUUUUUUAAACAAAAAUCCGGCCUCCCAGCCGGAACCACAGUCGUUGCACAAAAACCGUGAAAAAAAACCGCCCACAAAAUGGCCAACCUGACCGACGGCGAUCAGAGCUUUUGCAGUGCCGGCGGUGGCCCAGUGGCCACGGCACCAACCACGUCCACACCAACCUCGGCCUCGGGAGUGGCCAUCGGCGGGGCCACUUCCACGACGGGCCCGACCUCGGCCGCGGCGCAGACCACGACGACGGCAUCGUCCGGAGCAACCACCGGCAGUGGUGGCGUUUGGGCGGAAUUCUGCGAACGACACGCCCGGGCUGCUUCGGCGGAUUUUGCGCGUUCCUGCGUGCACUACGUUACCAACAACCUGCCGGAAUCGGCCCGCCAAACCGUCUCGCAUCGGGACUUUAUGCGGCGCUUCAUCGAGUGCUUCCAGGAACACUUUGAGCACGACUUUUACCGGAGGCGCAUGCAGAGCAAGACCGGCAACGGCACCGCGAUGGUCCUCGAAGAGAGCGACUACUCCGAAGACACCGACUCGCCCAAAACCAACCACAAGCCCUUCUUCCGACGGUUGUCGUUCAAGGGUUUGCGCAAGGGCAAGGUAAUCCAUGCCCUGUUCCACAAGCAGCACUCGGACGAGGUCGAGCUGUCCGGCAGCCGGGCGUCCAAAACCAAACUGGCCAAGAUCGUGGUCGAGUGCCGGAAGGAGGGCACCGUCAACUACCUGACGCCGGAGAGUCUCGAGCAGCCGAGCAACUCGCACAAGUGGGAAAAGUGCAAACUGGUGCUGGUCAAAACGGUCGGCGGGUACAUGCUCGAGUUCUAUUCGCCGCCCAAGAGUCAGAAGCCCCGUAGUGGCGUCUUUUGCUUCCUGAUCACGGAGGCGCGCGAGACGACCGCGCUCGAGAUGCCGGACCACGAGAAUACCUUCGUGCUGAAGGCGGACAACAACAUGGAGUACGUGAUUGAGGCGCGCGACACCGACGACAUGCGCAGCUGGCUGGCGACGAUACGCUACUGUAUGCGUAGCACUCCCACGUCCCAGCUGCCACCGAUUUCGGACCUGACCGGGGCGAACCAGAGCGUUACGACGCCCGGGCAGGGUCAGGGACAGCAUAACAACAGUACCUCGAUAUCGCACGGAGGCGGUGGAGGAGGAGGAGGAGCAGGGUUGUCGAGUAGUUUGGUGAACGAGGUGAACAGCCUGACGCUGAACAACCAGUCGGCGUUGAACGCGGUGCCGACGAUGAUGGCGCCGGAGUUGCCGCCGCGCCGUCCGGAUGAUAGAAUAUCGUCCUCGUCGAACUUUGAGCUGACCGAGACGGACCUGGAGCCGGCGCACGAAACCGACACCGACCUGACGGCGAUGAUGCGCGAGUAUCCCUGGUUCCACGGCACGCUGGCCCGGUCCGAGGCGGCCCAGCUGGUGCUGCACAACGGUAUCUCUAGUCACGGUGUGUUCCUGGUGCGGCAGAGCGAAACCCGCAAGGGCGAGUUCGUGCUCACGUUCAACUUCCAGGGCAAGGCGAAACACCUGCGCAUGACCCUGAACGAUCUGGGCCAGUGCCGGGUACAGCACCUCUGGUUUCCCUCCAUCACCGAGAUGCUCGAGCACUUCCGGCAGCACGCGAUCCCGCUCGAGAGUGGCGGCACCGCCGACGUCACGCUGACCAACUUUGUCGUGCUGCCGUCGCACGCGAUGGCCGCCCAGCACCAGCAGCAGCAGUCCAACAGCAACAACUACUCGACGACCACGAUCGGCGGCGGCGCCGGAGCCACUGCCGGUGGAACCGCCGGUACGGCCAGUGCCAACAAUCCCAACACCAGCCCCAGACAUGUGAGAUAGUUCUUCUACCUUCUUUCUUUCGGUUUUGCUCUGUGUUUUUCCUCUUCUUCUUUUUUGUUCGUUUUAAGUUUUUCUCCUUCUUUUUUAUUUGUUUCCGUUGCGCGUUAACACAAAACACAAACAUACACGCACACGUACAUUUACACCACCGCGAUUAGAGGGACGAUCCCGGCGAGCGUGUCAAACACGGUCCGCGACGUCCACGCUUUACUAUAUGUUAGGUGAGAGCUAGAAAUACGAGCUAAAGAGUUAUACGAGACACGUCGUUCAUUUUUUUUAAACCACGUUACUUCAGAGAGUAGAGAAAGUUUAUUCUAAUUUUUUGCGCGAUUCAGAGAAAGAGAAGGCGCGUGACUGUUUUGAUUCCUAUCUGGAUGCAUUUUUUAAAGAUAGUUGUCGAUUGAAAGAAAAAAAAACAAGCGUUUGACUGCUACAUCUAAAACCAUAAACUACUCAAAACGCAAAUAAAACAAAACGUCUAUUCACAACCACAAACAAAGAGAUUACUACUACUACAACACAACACAUAAAGACACACGAUCACACACACACACAAGUUGAUGUCGUCGUGUUAGAAAUAGAGAGAAACCAAUACAGAGGAAAGGGUUUGUUGUUGUGCAUGCAAUCCAUCGGAACAGAACGAUAAAAUAUUCGCAUUAUUAUCUAAUAACCGCAUAACAACAAGAACACUAGAAAAAAAAAACCGUCACUCAACACCAACAAAAAACUACGAGACAGUUUGUGUUGAAACAGUGUAAUACAGUUUAAAGAAAGAGAAAAAAAAGCAUGAGCAUUAUUAAUUUAUACAUAA